AUGAGGAAUGUGCGGGCGCUGAUUGGCGGGCGCGUGUUUGGCAGCAGCGACGUCACCUUCCAGCAAAAGAUUCGACUUUCUUUCGACAAUCAACCUCACGGCUUCCCCGAACUCAUCUUUCAGACCUUGUCUGUUUUUGAUACCGGCGCUAUGGCCUGCCCUAUCACCGUCACUAAGUUCGUCGGCACCGUCUCUCUGGGCCUGCUGACGGGCAUGUCCUAUUCCACAUCGUCCAUCAUGAUCCCAUCCCUCAAGCUCCUCCCCUCCUCCAGUGCCGCAUCCCGCUGCUUCAAUGAGGUGAAGCGCCUCAACCGCAAAUACGCGCUGCGACUGUCUAGCAUCGUGAACACUUGCUUCCUCUUUUCCUUCAGCAUCUCUCCGCCGCGACGAAAGCACCCCUAUCUCGUCUGGAUCUGCGUCGUUUCUACAUUUUCCACCUAUGGUCUGGACCUUUGGUUCAAUCGCCACCUGGGGCUGAAGAACUGGGCCCUGACUGCGAUCCAAGACAGCACCGGCCUCUGCCUGUCCAAGUCAUGUGCUACAAAGGAGGAGGACAUUGUCGUCGUGGACGCCGAAGAGGAUGUUAAUGGAGAGAGUGUCCAGCGCGAGAUGGACAGCGAGCGCCGCAUGCAACGCGCCCGGUCCUGGUUGGCUGUGAUCGCUCUCUCUAUGGGCGUUGUAGGCUUGUGGGGGGAUAAGAAAUAA